CUUUUUCACUACCAUGUGAAAAAUACCAGUCCCUUACUAAAAAAAAAUGGAAUUUUUAGACCUUUCCAUCAUUGUUUUGGCCCUUAUCUUCCUCCGUCUUUGGUGGCGCUACUGGUCAACCACCGGUGGUGGACCUAAGAACCUCCCUCCAGGGCCACCUGGUUGGCCACUUGUCGGAAACCUAAUUCAAAUCAUCCUCCAACGUCAACACUUCAUAUUUAUAGUACGUGGUUUACGUAAAAGGUAUGGUCCCAUUUUCAGCAUGCAAAUGGGGCAACGCACUAUGGUGAUUGUGACCGACUCAAGGCUUAUCCAUGAAGCCCUAGUUCAAAGAGGACCCACUUUUGCUUCCCGACCGCCGGACUCGCCGAUCCGGCUUGUGUUUAGUGUCGGAAAACGGGCUAUCAACUCGGCUGAGUACGGACCUUUAUGGCGAACCCUAAGGAAGAACUUCGUCACCGAGGUAAUAACCCCUACGAGAGUGAAACAAUGCGGCUGGAUCCGUAAAUGGGCUAUUGAAAACCACAUGAAGCGAAUUGAAAGCGAUGCAAUGGAGACUGGUGUCGUUGAGGUAAUGAGCAACUGCCGACUUACUAUAUGCAGUAUAUUAAUCUGUUUAUGUUUCGGAGCAAAGAUCUCCGAACAACGGAUUAAGGAAAUUGAAAGCAUAUUAAAAGAUGUAAUGCUAAUAACAUCGCCGCAGUUACCGGAUUUCUUGCCGGUUUUAACACCGUUGUUUCAUCGGCAAAUGAAAAAAGCUAAGGCAUUAAGGAAGAAGCAAUUGGAAUGUUUGGUCCCAUUGAUAAAAGCAAGGAGAGCUUUUGUGGAGAAAGGUGAAAACCCUAACCAAGAAAUGGUGAGUCCACUCGGUGCAGCGUAUAUAGACUCGUUGUUCGGACUCGAACCGGAUAAAACCCGAGAUCCAUUGGGUGAAGAAGAGUACGUGACACUAUGUUCCGAAGUGAUUAGUGCCGGUACGGACACGUCAGCGACGACGGUAGAAUGGGCAAUGCUUCACUUGGUGAUGAAUCAAGACAUCCAAGAUAAAUUGUACCAUGAAAUUGUUGAAUGUGUGGGCAAAAAUGGAGAUAUCAAAGAAGAAGAUGUCGAAAAAAUGGCGUAUCUUGAAUCCGUCGUUAAAGAAACUUUUCGGCGACACCCUCCGAGCCAUUUCCUUUUAUCUCAUGCAGCUAUAAAGGACACUGAGCUUGGUGGCUAUACAAUUCCGGAAGGGGUUCAUGUUGAGUUCUACACUGCAUGGAUUACCGAGGAUCCGGAUAUAUGGUCAGAUCCGGGGGAGUUUCGGCCCGAUAGGUUUUUGCGAGGUGACGGGGUUGGUGUCGAUGUGACGGGGACUCGUUCGGUGAAGAUGUUGCCGUUUGGGGCCGGGCGACGAAUUUGCCCCGCUUGGAACCUAGGUGUUUUGCACAUAAAGUUGUCGCUUGCAAAGAUGGUACAAGCUUUUAAAUGGCUGCCGGUGCCGGAUUCUCCGCCCGACAUGACGGAGACUUAUGCUUUCACUGUUGUGAUGAAGAACCCUCUCAAGGCUGUCAUCUUGCCUCGGUAAGAAAUUCAAAGGGGAAAGAGAAAUAAAAAUGCUUGAAGCUUUAGUUUACAUAUAGUUCAUUAGUAAGACUUUCUGUCUUGGAUGCUUAAUCAUGUAUGUCAUGCUAAAAAGUGCAACAUUCUCUUAAUUAAGCCCUUAAUCAAA